AUGGCACCAAACUCUCGCAUCUUGAUCUGUCGACAUUCUCAAGCCGAGCACAAUGUUGACCUGGACUACAGCAUUCCUGACGCACCCUUGACCAGUCUGGGAAAGAAGCAGUCCGCCACGCUUCCUUCUUUCACAGCUGCAGAGCAAAGCCAGGUAGACGUCGUUCUCUCCAGUGGGCUCAAGAGGACUUUGCAGAGCACCAAGCUAGGCUGGGGUCCCGCCAUCGAGCGUCUAGGUGGUUUGAAGAAGGUCAUCGUUCUGCCCCAACUGCAAGAAUGCAACGACUUUCCCUGCGACACUGGAUCUCCGCGCGAGGUGCUCGAGCGCGACCCAGAGUUCAGUGGCUUUGACCUCUCCAACCUGACGCCCGACUGGACCAGCAAACAGGGCUUCUGGGCGCCCGACCCCCAAUCGAUCGCGCUGCGAGCUCAGUGGGUCAGACAAUUUAUCCGAUCUCGUCCGGAAAAGACGAUUCUGCUUGUAGGACAUGGAGACAUCAUCAGACAGAUCACAGCCACUGCUUCUGGAGGACCUAGCACCUACCAAUGGAAGAACGCAGAAGUACGAGCGUAUACUUUUGACCCAGCCACAGCGGGCGCGCAAGAAUGCUUCCUUCGACCCGAGGGAGAGGUAGCGGUCGCUGGCGGCUACGCGCCAACGAGCACGGAAGCAGACAUUGUGCAGGGACCAGGCGCCGCCGCUGCAGGAGGUCCAAGGUGA